AGUCAUGUAUAUGAAAUGCUUAUGUGCUCGAGCUGUUACUUAUGGCGGUGGGAAUUUCGAUCUUUAGGGACGCGUACUUUAUUUGCAGUUCAUAGUUUAAAAACGUAAAGUUAGAUUGGUCUUACUUUUGGCAUAGAAUAUGUGCUAUUAUUUCUUAUGUUACGGUAUUGAGGGUUCCAAAAACUAAUUUACAGAAUUUCGUAUUUGCUACAGAAGUCCCAUGGAAAUGUGCUUAUGAUACUCAUCAGUUUGAUCUUGCAAUCAAGAAAUUAAAGACUGUACUGAACUAAUGUGAAAAAUUUUCUGUAAAUCCCAGCAUGAAAGGAAAUUGUACGAUAUGUUCAGGAAGAAUGACAUUUAUAAGAUUGGGUCUCAUAAAGGCUCGUUGCAAGAUAGAGGCCGUGAAGGUUCAUUUCCUCCAUCCAAAAAAGCAAGACUGGGUGACAACUAUACAGCACAGCAAGCUAGAGUUGAGGAUGAUGUCUGGGGCGAGGACCUGGAUGCCAAUACAGUUGAGGAAUGUUUUAUCCUGGCUUCACAGGCAUUAUCUCAGACAUGCAUCCCAGAAAUAUCCACAAGCAAAGAGCAGCCACAAGCACAGGAAUGUCACCGAGUCCAGCCAACAGUGGAGCAGUUCCAAAAAUCUGCAGUGCAGCUGUGCAAACAAAAGCAAACUGCAACCUUUACCAAAAAUGUUACAUCUUCAAGAUGGUCAGAGACAUUCCCAAGAAAGAUUCCAUCUGUAUCAAAACAUGUCGAGAUUUUGCCAACAAGCAUUCCAUCAUCUACAGGACAGGCGAUGAUAGCACAAAGAAAUACUGCUACAUUAAACUAUAGAACAUUGGCAGGAAAUGCUACAACCUCAUCUUCUUCAGUCAGUUCAAUAAAGAACAUAAAUACAGUCAAUGAUCGUGAUGAAAAGGACUUACUCAUUCGUGAGUUACAGCAGCUCAAACUGGCCUAUCAGAAGCUGCAAGACCAUGCUCUCACAAAGGAGGGAGAGGUGUCAAUUCUACGCACGCAGCUAAAUUGCAAGAACGCAGAGGUUGAAACAGAGCGGCUAACAAAGGCACGGGAGAUAGAGUCCCAGGCACAGGAGAACAGGGACAGGAUGAAGGACCUGCAGAAGCAACUAGAGCAGAUGAAAACACAACUGGAGUUCAAGACUCUUGAGGUUGGUAAUGCGGAGGAGAGAUGUCGUCUGUUGGAGUCACAGACCAAAGUGAAGCUAGUGGAGCCACAGCUUUCUCAAACCCCACAAAAAUUCCCCAAAAAACUGCCAGUGAAGGGAAAUUCCUCCCUGCAGAUAGGGACUGCAGUGGCUUCCUUGAAACCUGUCAGAUUUGAGAUCCAUGUUCCUGAAGGCCCCAUGCUGUCUCGGUUGGUGACACCAGCUCUCUUUGAGAAGCCAGUGCGUGGCACAGAAAAAAAUUCCUGUUUAGGUAUCAGGCAACUACCACUGUCAUCUGGUGAAUAUGGCGAGAACCUGACACCACGAGGGUCCACAGUUAAUGUGACUCAUACCUCAAUCAGCAAGCUGGUACUCAUGGACUCUUUGGCUGGAAACAGUGCACAGCGACUCAUACAAAAGGUGGUGUGGCAGUGUUACUUGAUGCUGGUUAAACAGCGAGAUCUUUUGGAGCUUCACAAACCUCCAGAGAACAAAGAUAAACUUAAGGAGCAAGACUUGAAGGUAUCGGCAGCUGCAGGAACAUUGUGUGGGGGCAAACUUAGCAUCAUGACGGCCAGACCAUGGUUCAAGAAUGAGCAAGGGGUGGAGACCCGCAGAGCUCUGGGGCUGAUGGGAGCACUGGCAUUGGUGUCUGAGUAUGCUGCUGAGUACAUGUCAGGUAUGAUCCGGUGUAAGAAGUUUGUCACUAAAAAAAAGCUUAUAAAGAAAGGGCAUUCUGAAGCUAAACCUGUUCACAGAAAAUGGCUUGAACCUUGUAAGACAGUGCAUCCAUCUAAACUGAAAAAAGCACCAAUAUCAAAUAAAGUGAGGGAGAUCAUCGAGCAAAGAAUACUCACAAACCAAGCGAUCAGCCGAGCCAGAGCAAGUAUCCGAGCUGCAAAAUGUGAGAAGGUGAGGAUAGAAGCAGAGCAAGAAACAGAACUUGAGCAGAAGACCACUUUGUAUGAGCCUGUUAUUGCAAGGACUUCUAAAGGUUCGCGCAGACCUCCGAAUCCCUUAGUGGUUUACAAGAAAUAUCUUGAAAGGUGCAAAGCUGCUUCAGAGGCCAGACUCAGAUGGGUUGGUCAGGAAUCUCCAUCACAGAAUCUGAUUUCUGUGCAGAAUUCUCUGGUUACAAAACCUGGACCAAGCUGGAUAUCAAAGCAGUAUAUGCCAAGUACAUCUGCUGUGUCUGGACACAACCUGAACUGUGAUCAGAAUACAGCUACAAGGAAAGUUCCAGCAAGAAAAUUUACACUUGAUGGACCUUUCCCAGACCCAAGCAAUGAAUUGGUUUCAAUUACACAAUCAAAAAGUGCUUUGAGAAUGAAGGUUGAGUUAAAAGAAAUGAAAAAGUUUUCAAACAAAGAGCAAGAAUCAGAUGGAAGUGAAGAAUUUUUUUCUAUUGAUCAACCAGGAACUACCAAGGAUGGUGAUAAUAUGUUUAAGAAACCUUUACCAGUAAAGCUUAAAGCUUCAAAACACAAGAUAGUCGCAAAGGAAGCUGGGAGAAGGAAAGAUAAUAUAAGGAACAGGAGAUAUUGGGCUGCUGAUAAAAUAAAUGCAAUAAAAAGUAAAUUCCCUGUUGUGAUGGAUCUUAUGGUGAAUCAGAAGAUGAAGGUUGCCAGGAUUACGAAGCUUUCUUCGGAGAAGGCAUGUUCACAAAGUACGAGGAAGGGGCAGACAGCAAGGGCAAUAGACUUGUUUGAGACGCUGCAUGACAUUGUUCUACUUAUAUGUGAUAAGAGAUUGUCGGUGAAAUUCAGUGGCGUUUUGCUUGGAGUGACGCGUCUUUUAAGGGCCAUCUCAUGCAGAGUUGAGUUCAAGGAAGACAGGUGUCCAGUUUUGGCGAGGAUAGUGCGAGAGAUGAUAUUAUGCCGCCCAUCUGUGGAUGUGCUGAUGGAACUUACUGAUCUCCUGUUCUCGCUCGGCGAGUACCGAAGCAUAAUGGAGACACUGUGUCGUGGCACUGGUCCAUCCCCCUAUCUUGGUGGUACAAUUGGAGUAGUGUAUUUUGUUAAAGGGAAACCACAGUAUGAUCUCGGUUCUAAUGAAGAAGUUGAAUAUUUUGGCAAAGACUCGUGCAUGAUAGCCCUGCUGUGUUGGAUCCUGCUUGUCCAGCGUGCCGGUAUCAAGCAAUAUGUGGUGUUGGCAAGCAAUGUCAUCAAGUGGCUGGUGUGUGUUUCCAGACAGCAGGAGGAGGGACCCUACUGGAUUGGCUCCAGCGACCCCGAGACAGAGGUGCGUGACUGCCAGUGUAGAGCACGUAUCAUAGAGGCUACCAUCAUGCUCCUUCAUCUCUGCUACUCACAUAUUAGGAACAAUAACUUUCAGGAUGAUAGGUUGUUCCGUGACAUCAGGCAUGUGCUGGGCAGGGGACUUAUCUUCCUACAUCGACUGGUGCACCAAGACGCAGAUGUCGGAUUACUCAUGGCUAAUGCAGAGGGGGAAUACCAGGUCCUUAUUCAUGGUCUUAUUGACAACCUCAAGUUCAUGGACUUCGGUGAGCAAGAAGAAGAAGCAUUGAAGGUACUAAAGGAUCUUGAAGACCAGCAGGAUGCACACAGCCCCACUUUGAAAUUCACUAAGCCAGCCGCAGUGAUGGAUGAUAUAUUCAAGGCCAUCAAGUCUUUCUGUGGACCUUCCUACAAAUAGGAGGGCCUCAUGCUGUCAACUUUGUCAUUAAUGUGAAGUUGGAAUGGAAGGCCCAUGUAUUUGUGGUCUUGUGUGCUGUAAACAUUGAUAUGAGGGCCACCUGCUGAAAACUUUCCUAGAAGGGCCAUUACUGAAAGCUGUAUCAGUUGUGUGAGGACACUUGAUUGAUGAACAUAUAUUAUAUUAUUUAUAAUUAAGAGUGAUUGUAUAACUAGGGGUCAGAAAAUGGUAACUUAAUUUACCAGAUGUGUAGAUAUUAUGCUUGUAAAGUUUCUGAAUGUAUCACUACAAAUUACAAAAUGUGUAUUUAACAUAUGCUGGUAUAUAUAUAAUAGCUUUCUACUCACCA